ACCAAGUCCACCUAAGCUAAGAGCAGUACUAUCUCCCAGCAGGUCGGAUGCAAAGCAAGAGAAGAUCUUUACCGGUGAUUACAUUCCUCACCUCAAGAGCCAGGACAAAGGUCAAGAUGCCAAUAAAGCCAACACGUGAAGAAGUAAUGCAGUGGUCUGAAUCUAUGGAUAAACUAUUAUCUCACAAAGCUGGCCAGAUUGCCUUCAGAAGCUUCCUCAUGAAGGAAUUCAGUGAAGAGAACAUUGAUUUCUGGUUGGCCUGUGAGGACUACAAGAAAAUCAAGUGUCCUACCAAACUAGCUUAUGAGGCCAAGAAGAUUUACGCUAAAUUUAUAAAAGUUGAGGCACCUGAAGAGAUUAACAUUGACUUUACAACAAGGGAGAAUAUAACCAAAAACAUCGGUGAUCCUACCCCUUCCAGCUUUGACCUGGCGCAGAAACUAAUCUACAGCCUGAUGGCGAAAGACUGUUACCCCAGAUUCCUGAGGUCCAACAACUACCUGGAACUGGCAACGAAUGCAGACAAAAGUCAAUAGGGAUGACAGUGAGAAUAUUGUCAGUAAUUUUGAGACGAUAAGGAUUGCUCAGGCUGAUCUGAAAUAAUGAAUGACAAAAGUGAUUAAUGAAAGAUUCCCAGGUGUUCAGAUUGCUGUAAUCCUAAAGAAAAAUAUUCCCAGUGCAUAUAGUUCCUUAGUUAUUAUCAGAAGAUUUUAAGGUCCGUGUUAUUCUCCAAGGCUGAUCCGAACACAGUGCGGUAAAGUGUUAAACCUGGUCAUUGCUAAUGUUGUGGGCCUCCCAGAUGAGUUGCCCAUAUUUGGGUUGAAAUUUUAGCUUGGCUGUUGAACAUAAUAGGGUUUUAACAGGGAACACCAAAAUGUCUAUAAUUGCUUAAGUUAGAACAAUACGAUUUGAUUACUUAACUGAUGGCAUGAACCCAAACUUCUUCCAAGUAAUGAGGCGAUGAUAUUGUCCUUGAAGUGAAUUCGGGGGGAUCUGCAGUGAAACAUUCUUAUUGUGCCUUUUAUGUAGGCUCUGUCAUUACCUUUAAAGACUGAUGUCAUAAUUAGCCUUGUUUUCCAAGGGUU